CCAACAUGGCGGCUGGAGGAGCAGAAGAGCAUUUUGCGAAGAAACUAGCGAAUAACGAUAAGAAAAUCAGAGAUAAAGCCGUGAAUAAACUCAAGGCUUGGAUUAGGAGCCGACCAAAGGAUGGCCCUGGUUUUUGUGAGGUAGAUUUACUUAAAAUAUGGAAAGGGCUAUUUUACUGCAUGUGGAUGUCAGACAAGCCUCUCAUUCAGGAAGAGCUGGCUUUAAAUAUUUCCCAACUCAUAUUCAGUUUUAGGAAUGAGCAAUCAGCUGUCUUUUUUAUCAAAGCAUUUUUUAAAACAAUGCAAAGAGAAUGGCAUGGGAUAGAUCGUCUUCGAUUGGAUAAGUUUUACAUGCUUCUUCGUUUCUUUGUGAAAGAGACUUUCAAUUUUCUGAAAAAAACUGGUUGGGAGGAAAGGUUAGUCUGUGAUGUUGUUCAUAUUCUUAAUGAGGAGCCAAUGAAUCCUAUCAGUUUGAAGGUUCCAGAUGGAAUUCGACUUCACAUGGUGUCAGUGUAUCUCCCUGAACUUACAAGUGUUCUUGAUGAUGAGGCUUCUGCUAGUGCAGUGCUAAAACUCUUGGAUCCUUUGUUCCUGUUUGCAACGCACUCAAGCAACAAAACUGUUACUAGUGCUGUGGGAAAGAGUCUGUUUGAACACCUUGUUCAACAACAGACAGGUGACUCAGAGGAGCAGCAGAAUUCUAAAAUUAAGGUUGAUUUUGCUUCAGCAGCUGACCGAUUAUUUUCCUUAGCAAGUGACAGAAAUAUCCUCGGUAGGAACAGGAAUCAAUUAUUUAACUGGGCUAAACGUCUGAGGAAGGGAUCAACAGUGUUUACCCCUCUGACAGAAGGAGAGCAUGUGGAGACUCCUGUGCAAGAAGACAGAAUCCCAAAUGGGUUCCCUGUUGGAUCAAAGAGAAAGACUGAGGAGCGAGAGUCAUUAGACAAUCAUAGAGACCACAGUCACACCAAGAAACCAAAACAGAAGAAUAAAAAGAUUAAAGUUACUACUGAUAAAAAAGAAGAGGAACUGGAUAAACAUAGCAAUGAAUAUGCUAUGAUCGAUGAUAAGAAAGAGGGAAAGAGAAAAAGAAAGAAUGGGCAAGAUAGUGAAGGUCAUGUUGAGUUGUCAUUUGAAGAAGAAGAAGAAAUUCAUACACAGCAAAACACUGAGCCCAAGAAUACGAGGAAGAAGAAGAAGAAAUCUCUGCUUGAGAAUGACAAAAGAACUGUGUUCAGAGAAACUGAAACUAACAGUUUCAAUGAAAAUGGUGAAGAAUUAGUUAAUGACACAAGUGAUGAUACUACUUCAGCUGUAAAUGGUGACACAAUACAUUCAACAGAUAAAAAUGAUCAAACCUCAUCAAGAACUGUGAAAAAGAAGGUUUUGCAUGAAGCCAAUGGUCAUGGCGAGGAGCCCUUUGCAAAAUUUCAGAAGAAUUCCACUCCACCAGCAUUUGUUCGAAGAUUCAGUGCAAAAAUACCAAGCACAGAACGAAGAAAGAAAACUAAUAUGAAGUUUCAACUACCAGGAUCAGAACCUUCAAAGGGAACACAGAAAAGAGUCAGAAUAGAGAUGUCAAAAAACACUUCACACACAACACAAGAUUAUAAACGUAGUUUGAAGGAGAGCCCAAGCAUUCCAUUCGAUGCAGGGAAGACACCACCCCAAGGAUUACUUAAGUCACCACCUAAACUUCAAAGAACACCUGUAGUUAUCAACAAAACUGCUGAGGCAUCCACAGGUUCUGGCCAACUCCAGCAGAAAAAGAAACAACCCAAAAUUGCAAAAAGGCCUAAGGCCUUAGAUUUCUUUUGAUUAGACAAUAAUUUAAUGUGAACUGAAACUCUCAAAGUAUCAAGUUGGGCAGAAUUUUAAAAUGAAAACUUACAGGAUAUUUAUUUUAUGCAUGUACCCUACUAAACAUCUUCUCUUUGGUAAUCUUACAAAGCUUACUCCAGGGCUCGACAUUAAUGGUAGCCAACGAGCUACAGACUAAUAGAAAUUCAGUUUUGGUUAGUGGUUUUCAAUCUCCACUAGCCAGUUUGGCUGAUAAACAAACUGAAA